AUGAGUUUUCAAAGAUCAGAAAGACGAAAGUCAAUGGCUGAACGUAGACCAUCAACAACAUAUACACCACCAGUUAUUCCACAUCUAGCCGGAUUGGAGAAACCUCAAGACCAAUAUUUAAAAAUGGAUAAUUGUGACGUAUUAAUCAUAGGUACAGGAUUACAAGAAAGUAUAUUAGCAGCUUCUUUAUCAUGGCAAAAUACUCAAGUAUUACAUAUAGAUAAUAAACCAUAUUAUGGAGAUUCAACUUCAACAAUGACAAUCGAACAAUUGAAAAAAUGGUGUGCAGAUGUAAAUACAAAUAAAAUUCCACAUUUUCAAGAAGCUCAAAUAUAUAUACCUGGAGGUAAAUUAAAUAAUCAAUUUCAUUCAAAAGAUUAUGGUAUUGAUUUAACACCAAAGAUAAUGUUUUGUCAAUCAGAUUUAUUAAGUUUAUUAGUAAAAUCAAGAGUUUAUAGAUAUUUGGAAUUUCAAUCAUUAUCGAAUUUCCAUGUUUUUGAAAAUGAUGAUUUCCAGCAAAAGAUUAAUUCAACUACAAAACAAGAUAUUUUCAUUGAUAAGUCCUUAAGUUUAAUAACUAAAAGAAAUUUGAUGAAGUUUUUAAAAUUUAUUUUGAUGGAUCCAGAUUAUAAGUCAAAAAUCUCAAAACCUAAUCAACCAAUACAACAAUUUUUAAAAGAAGAAUUUAAAUUGGAAGAUCCUCAAAUAAAUGAGUUAGUAUAUUCAAUUGGAUUAUCAUAUAAAGAACAAAUAAGCACUAAGGAAGCACUUAUAAAAAUCAAAAGAUUUCUUUCAUCAUUUGAUGUUUAUGGUAAAUUCCCAUGUAUGGUAUCAAAAUAUGGUGGGCCAGGUGAAUUAGCACAAGGAUUUUGUCGAAGUGCAGCAGUUGCAGGUACAACUUAUAAAUUAAACACUAGUCUAGUUGAUUUUGAUCCGGUAUCAAAAAUCGCUCAUUUUGAUGAUGGGUCCCACAUUAAAAUUAAUGAAAAAAUAAUAGUUUCACCAACACAAUUACCAAAAUUUUUGAGUUCAAGUUAUAGUCAAAUAACGGAUCAAUUAAAACCUCAUUAUGUAACAAGAUUAGUCACAGUUGUUAGACGUGACUGUAAAGAAUGGAUGUCACCUAACGAAUCACUGGCAAUAGUUGUAUUUCCACCACAUUCUUUACCAACAGAUAAUGAGUAUUCAGUACAAGUAAUGAUCCAAAAUGGUAAUUCCGGGGUCUGUCCUGAAAAUCAAUCCAUAUGGUUUAGUCAAACUGUUGAACAGGAUUUAAGCCGUGCUAAAAGAGAUUUAGAAUCAGCUUAUUCAAAAAUGGAAGCAUCACUAUUAAGAGAAACUUCAAAUGAUAUAGAUGAUCUAUUGGAUGAAACCGAUUUUAUAUUGAAUCAACAAGGAACUCCAGUAUUAGCCAACUCAUUCAAAUUAGGUUCACAUUUACAAAAUUUUGUACCAAAUGAAAAACUUGAAGUUGUUUGUAAACUAGGAUAUGUUGAAAAGACAUUUAUAUCAAAUGAUUUAUCAAAUAUUUUUAAACCAACUAAAGAAAAUAACAUUGUUUUGAAAGAUGUGCCGGAUGCACAAGAUCAAAUUAUUUUCACAAAUACUCCAAGUGCGGAAUUAUCUUAUGAUGGUAUAAUAACUGAUGUCAAAUCAAUAUAUCAAAGAGUAACGGGCACUAGCGAAGAUUUUUUCGAUGUUGAUUUUGAAGAUGAAGAAGAUGAAUAUGAUAGAAAUAAUCAACCAAUAAUUCCACAAAAGAGAUCUUCAGUAAUUGGUGGAAUUGUCGGUGGAGGUUCAGGUACAAGUUUAGCGGCCUUAAGAGAACAACAUAAUGAGAACAUGAGUGAUAAUGCAAUAGAUAGUGAUGAUGAAUUAAGUGGUGCUUUUGGUGCUGAAGAAAUGGAGCUAUAA